AUGAGAGAGUGUCUUGCGGAGGAAUGCGGCUGGGGCUCUUCCGGCGUGGCGCCGUACGUGGAGCUGCUUGGCUGCCCCAUUGGUCCUGGCAACUCGCUGGAGAUCCAAAGGGCCGCGCCCCUCGCUCGCCUCCGCGAGAGGGUACUCGCGCUGGCGGCGUCGCCACUGGCCAUGACGGCCGUCUUCCACGAGUAUGGUCGCCGCUGUCUACCUGUGCUCUCUUACAAGGCGCAGCUCUGGCCGACGCCGCUAAACAUGAUUGCGAACGAGCGUGUCCUGCUGCGCCGCCUGGCGCGAUGUCCGGGACGGCUCUUCAAGAAGAACAUGUUCUACGACCUGGAGGUUCUGGGCGGGCCCCGCUGCGCGCCGAUGGGGGACUACCUUGCUGCGUCCAUCAUGCGCGCGGGCGCGGCGACGCUGAAUCGGUUGCAGGUGACGGGGCGCCACCUGCGUGAGGUGGCCCAGCGUAGGCUCCUGCUCGCGCGCAGCCUGAAGGGCCAGCCCUGA